UCUGAUUAGGAAAUAUCCAAAGGAGCAUCCUUGAAGUGGAUGAAGGGAGAUUUUUCCUAUCCCGAACCAGUUUCAAACCAAUUGCGAGCAAAACUUUGCUCCAGAAAUACUGGAGCUUCCUCGACAUCCGAAGACUUUUGCAACAGCAUCCGAAAUAAUUUUGGGAAACACAAUAGUUUACCUCUCUUAUUUCCCCCCCUAAGAUGUUUUUAGUCCCUUAAAUUCAUUCCAAGAAUCUAGUUCCAAAGUGGCAUUUUAUUCUAUGUUAUUAUUUUGAAGCAUACAUUAUUUUAAGGCUACGUGGUACCAUGCACCCCUCAAGACUUCUGCUCCUCCUGCUGGUUCUCUCCACCAUUAAGACCAGCUCGUCCUUCAACGCCGAGUCCAUCUUCAGCUGUCUCAACUCCGCUCUCUCCCAGGCCAAGAAGGACCUCAUGGGUGAGAACUCAGUCCUGGAGAAGAGGGCCUUCGUCAUCCCUCUGGAAGGGGAAGACUCCGACUCCUACGAGGACAUCCGGGCAGAGAAGGAGAAAAGGACUUUCCCGGCCGUCACGCGCUACGUCUCCCUCGGCCAGGCGAAAGGGAAGGUGUCCCACAACCAAGGCAAGAACGACCGGCGGGCUAAAUUUACUCUUUCCUUGGACGUCCCAACCAACCUCAUGAACAUCCUCUUCAACAUCGCCAAAGCAAAGAGCCUGAGAGCAAAGGCGGCCAGCAACGCUCAGCUGAUGGCCCACAUCGGCCGGAGGAAGUGAGGGAAGGGUCAGGAGAGGUGACCGGGGAGAAGGCCUCAACCCUACCUUCAGGUCUUCGGAGAUGGGACUGUCCAACGUCAAGCACAAGAGACGGUCUCUCUCCUCCGUCUCCCGAAGCUCCCCAACCGUCGUUCUCUUUCUUUCUCCCCUUGUCCUUCCCGUCUCUCUCUCUCGUCCUUCUUCUUGGUUUCGGCCCCCGAGGAACUUGAGCUAAGGGGAACUUCGGAUGCCGGUCAAAAAUGUGAAGGAGAAAAGGCUGCUGGCUUUUACGUGAUGCAGGUCCCCAUUAAAGCAAAUUCUCUUGA